AUGGGGAAUGGGGGAAAGAAGAGGAUUAAAGCAAAUAGAGGGAAUGAAGCAAAGAGAGGGAAUGAAGCAAAGAGAGGGAAUGAAGCAAAGAGAGGGGAUGAAGCAAAGAGAGGGGAUGAAGCAAAGAGAGGGGAUGAAGCAAAGAGAGGGGAUGAAGCAAAGAGAGGGAAUGAAGCAAAGAGAGGGAAUGAAGCAAAGAGAGGGAAUGAAGCAAAGAGAGGGAAUGAAGCAAAGAGAGGGAAUGAAGCAAAGAGAGGGAAUGAAGCAAAGAGAGGGAAUGAAGCAAAGAGAGGGAAUGAAGCAAAGAGAGGGAAUGAAGCAAAGAGAGGGAAUGAAGCAAAGAGAGGGAAUGAAGCAAAGAGAGGGAAUGAAGCAAAGAGAGGGAAUGAAGCAAAGAGAGGGAAUGAAGCAAAGAGAGGGAAUGAAGCAAAGAGAGGGAAUGAAGCAAAGAGAGGGAAUGAAGCAAAGAGAGGGAAUGAAGCAAAGAGAGGGAAUGAAGCAAAGAGAGGGAAUGAAGCAAAGAGAGGGAAUGAAGCAAAGAGAGGGAAUGAAGCAAAGAGAGGGAAUGAAGCAAAGAGAGGGAAUGAAGCAAAGAGAGGGAAUGAAGCAAAGAGAGAGAAUGAAGCAAAGAGAGGGAAUGAAGCAAAGAGAGGGAAUGAAGCAAAGAGAGGGAAUGAAGCAAAGAGAGGGAAUGAAGCAAAGAGAGGGAAUGAAGCAAAGAGAGGGAAUGAAGCAAAGAGAGGGAAUGAAGCAAAGAGAGGGAAUGAAGCAAAGAGAGGGAAUGAAGCAAAGAAAUGGAGUAAAGAGAUGGAAUAA